AGAGAAACGCGAUUCGUUGGGCACCCGAUUCCAUUGGCACAAAUCAUUGCCAGUGAAACCAUGCUGGCACUGGAGGAGAAGACGAGGAGUGUGGCUUUGCUGAUGCCACAGCUGGUCUUGGAGGGCAAGGCGGAUGAGCUCAUUGGAAAGUUUGAGGAGGCCUAUUUGGAAGUCAAAGCCCGCAAGGAGGUUUACUUGGCGCAUGAAGCGGAGAUGUAUUUCCACUACUUGGAGCCUGCCGCCCGGCAAGCGGCAGUGGCCUCGGCCGCCCGUGGCCUGUGCCAGGUCCUGGUGCUGGAGCACCUCGAAGGCGACGUGGUGGAGCGGGCCUUGGCCAUGAAAGAGGGGCUUGAGGAGCUCUACGGCACAGGAAGCUUCUACAUGAGCUUGGACAAGUGGGAGUGUCAGCGUGACAUCGAAUUCUUCUUCCCUCAUUUGGAUGCGCUCCCAGUCGAGCGCACGUUGGCCGUCAUCAAGCCGGAUGCGUUGGCCCAGGGCGAGAAGAACGGAAAGACAGUCGAUCAAGUGCUAGAGGAUGAGGCUGCAGCGUUGGGGCUCUUUGUGGUGGCCAAGCAGCCAGUGCGGCUGAAUGGGGAACAGGCCAAGUUGCUCAGCAAGGAGUACGAAGGCACAGCUGAUUUGCAUACUGCCACUGCAGUCUACCAGCAGGAUGGCUGUUUGGCCAUGUGCUUUGAGGGCCGUGGGGCCAUUGGCAAGAUGCAGUUGGUCGUCGGUCCAUUGCACUCGGGCACUGCCCGCCAGCGCGCGCCCACCACGAUCCGCGCGCUCUGGGGGACCGAUGGCACCUGCAACGGCGUCCAUGCGAGCACCGACAUGGAGUCGGCAGAUCAGGAGAUCAAGUCGGUCUUCCCCACAGGCAGCUUGAAGUUGGAGCGAACCCUUUGCAUCGUCAAGCCAGACGCCAUCAACCAUGUGGUGGCGGUGAAGACGGAGCUGGAAGCUGCGGGGUUCACGAUUCUCAAAGAGAAGCAGACCAGCCUCACGGAAGAGCGAGCCAGAGAAUUCUACAGGAGCUCAGCAGAAGAUCCAGCGUUCUCUGCCAUGGUGAAGGAGGCCUGCAGUGGACCCUGCUGUGCCAUGGUGCUCUACCGCUUGGAAGCCGUCACUGUUCUCAAGCAACUCAUGGGCGACGCGUCGGUGCACGUGGCCCGCGCCACACGCCCCGGCAGCCUGCGCGCGCGCUUCGGGCGCGAUGGGCAGCGAAACGCGUUGCAUGGGAGUGAUUCACUGAAGGCAGCGGUACAGGACAUCAAGUUCUUCUUUCCAGACAUGGGCGUGGACCCGCUUCCCGACGACCACGAGGUCAAGGACUUCCUCUUCCGCAAGUCUGCGCGGGCCUCGAUGGAUUUGCAGACGCUCUCGGAUGCGCAGACCACGGACUUCGCGGUGGACCCCACCUUCCAGCAGUUGAUGUCCAACAGCUUGAUCGGCCUCUGCAAAGUAAAGCCUCAAGGUCUUGAUGCAGUGAAGUGGUUGGCCAACUGGCUUGCAGAGAACAACCCCAACAGCCAGGCAUCUGGGGUCUUUGACCCUCCUGCGCGGUCCAAGCAGUAUGUCGAGUAUGGCGUGAAUCAGGAGGGUAUGCCCUUCCAAGUGGAGGCGCCGGCCGUGGCCGAGACGCCUGUGGCGCCGGCCGCAGCGACUGAGGAGGCGAAGGAGGGCGAGGCGGAGUUGAACACACCGCCGUUCGUGGUCUUUGUGGCUGGAGGCCCCGGAUGUGGCAAGGGCACUCAAUGUACCAAGCUGAGGGAAGAGUUCAACCUCAUCCACCUGAGCACUGGGGAUCUCAUGAGGGCAGAAGUGGCCUCGGGAUCUUCGCUGGGUGGUGAGAUCGAGAAGCACAUGGCGUCUGGUAGUCUAGUGCCAGAUGAGAUUGUGCUGAAGCUCUUGAAGAAUGCCAUGGUGAAGAACCAAGAUACCAACCGCUUCCUACUGGAUGGCUUUCCCAGAUCUGUGGAGCAGGCGCAGCAAUUCGAGCGUGACAUCGCAGAAGUCUCCUUCCUCCUGUACUUGGAGGCCAGUCAUGACACCAUGAAGCAACGGAUCCAGGGGAGGGCACAGAGCAACCCUGGCCGCGUGGAUGACAACGAUGAGACCGUGCGCAAGCGCCUGGAAGUCUUCGACAGUCAGACCAUGCCCUUGGUGAACUACUAUGGCCCCAUUGGAAAGCUCCGGAAGGCGAACGCUGAGAAGAGCCCAGAGGUGGUCUAUGCAGAAUGCAAGCGCUUCUUCAGCUGUCGCUUCCUGUACCUCUUGGGCCCACCUGGAGCCCCCGUCGAGCAGAUGUCUCAGAAGCUGGAGAAGCAGUAUGGCUAUGCUGCCAUCAAUCUCACCACGCUUCUCAGGAGCUAUGCCAACUCCAAUGAGCCGGAAGCUCCAGCGGUGCGAAAGGCAUUGGCAGCUGGGAAGCCAGUAGAUGCCUCAAUCGCUUGUCCCUUGAUCCUCUCAGAGAUCUAUCGGGACAUGGCGCUCGGAGUGCAGAACUUUGUGCUCGCUGACUUCCCACAGAGCCUCAAGCAGGCGCAAUUCCUGGAGUAUCGCAUCUCCUGUAUCACUCGCGCCUUGGUCUUGGACUUCUCCAAGGCAGAUGCGUCGGAUCUCGCGGCCAAGAGCCUGGGAGACUUGGGCGUUUUGGAAUUGGAGCUCCGCUCCAAGAGCUUCUUCGGCCAGGAGAGUUCCAGCAUGCUGGAGACCAUCAAGGCCGAGCGAAUCCCAUGCAAGCUCAGUGAAAUGCAGAGUGGCAGUGUGGUCGACUGCACCUGGAAGAAGCUCUCAGUGAAGGUCUUGCCCGCACUCACUGUGGUCUUAGGUCUGCCUGGCAGUGCCACGAACGUUUUGGCCUCGAUCUUGGGAGAGGCACCCAACACGUUAGCCGUGGACUGCAACGAGCUCUUGGACAAGGAGUUGGAGAGGCGCACAGAGAUGGGCCUCGCGAUGCACAACAUGUUGGCCAAGGGUCAGGUGGUGCCUUUGUCGAUGACUUUGGAGCUCUUGAAGGGCGUGGCCAAUUUGACGUGUCCAGAAAACCUGGUGCUUCAGAACUGCCCACAGUACGUCGAUCAGAUCGAGCUCAUCGAGAACGAGUUCCGCAUCGAGAAGGUCUAUUACAUCUCCGGCAGCGAACAGGCCGAGACCUUGUGGGCCGAAGAGUAUGCCAAGAAGGGCGAGAGUGGGAAGUUCCUGAAGCUCCAAACGCGCUUGCAGCCCAUCGCAGCACACUUCAGCCGCCUGGGAAAGCUGGAGAAGUUCGAAGUCUCGGAGACGCCCAGCAAGGAGAAGCUGCAAAGGAUGCUGGACAACUCCAAGAUGCCUCAGUUUGCUAUAGUGAACAGCAUGUCACCAGUGCUGGGUAGCAAGCAGGCGGAGCAGCUGGGCGGGACCUACGGCUCAGGCGUGGUGAGCCUGGAGACAUUGAAAGGGACCUGUCCAGAGGCCGAGGGCGAAAUCGCCAUGUUGAAGCAAUACACCCAAGGCACCUCGGCACCACUGGUGGUCCUCCACAACUUCCCCAGUGUGGAUUCGCAAGCGCACGCCUUUGUGGAAGCCUUUGGAGCACCCCGAGUGGUCCUCGACAUCGAGUGCGACGAUGAAUAUUUGGAAGAGGAGUGGAAAGGCCUUCAUGAGGAGGAUGAAUUUGAUGCUGAGCAGUUUGCCGAGAAGCUGGGACAGCAACGGGCCUCCAUGGAAGCGACCAGCAAGGUCUUCAAGCAGAUGUGUCCAGGAAGCUGCCUCUCGGUGGACAAGAAGCUCAUGGACACCCCUGAGAUCGUGACUGACAUGAUCCAGCAAAAGCUUUGGCCGACGGUCUACGUCCUCAUGGCUCCACGGGGAGCUUCGGACUUUGGAAAUUUGGUGGCCGAGAAGAUUUGCACCAGCUCCACUGCCGGAGGCCUUGAGGAUGCGGUGCCCACCAAGUACACCAUGAUCGAUGCGAUGGAGAUCUGUAAGAGUGGGGGCCACGAGCCGGCGGUGGAAGAUGCUCUCAGCAAGGCAUCUUUCAAUGCGGACACUCCAGACAACUUGCCCAUGAAGGUUUGGGCAGAGCUCUUGAAGGAGGCCUUCAUGAAGUCAGCAAACCCCAUGGGCACCUUCUUGUUGACCAACUUCCCGACUCCCAGCUCAUUGGCGAAGAACAACGUGCGGGACCAGCUGGCCGUGGUGGAAUCUGUCUCCACCUUGGGAAGCAUCGUGCAUGUGAAGGUUGGUGCGGCGGCGUAUGCUUGCUUUUGUGAUACAGGGCCCGAGGCGCUGGAGGCCUACGAAGUGGUAGAUGACAAGGUCCACAACCAAGCUUUAGCGCAGUUUGGGCCUGCUGGUCUCAUGGAGUGCCUGAUCCAAGAAGCCACUGAUUCCAACACCGCCGCCCUGAAAGUGGCCCAGCACUUCUUCAAAGAGCAGGGUGGAAGGAGCAAUGAGUAGAUCCAGUACCGGUGUCAGAGAACCGCAUCGCAUCGUUUCACCGGGCGUCAGAGAGUGACCUCCAAAACUAUGGAGCUGUCGCGCCACGGACGGCACACGGCGCACCAGUUGGUUGUGGGUGCUGUGGCUUA